AUGCUGCCAAUGAGGUGCAGAUUUCAAUCGAUCAUCAAGUUGUUGUCCAUCAGAAAUAUUCCUCUGCCGAGCAGUCAAUCAGACUGGAACGCUUUCUAUCUAGCUAACACUGCCUUUUAUCUACCUGGCACUGUCUUCUAUCUAGCUGGAACUAACUUUUAUCUAGCUGGAACUGCUUUCUAUCUAGCUGAAACUGCCUUUUAUCUAGCUGGAAUUGCUUUCUAUCUAGCUGGAAGUGCCUUCUAUCUAGCUGGAACUGCCUUCAAUUUAGCUGGCACUGCUUUCUUUCUAGCUGGCACUGCCUUCUAUCUAGCUGGCACAGCUUUCUAUUUAGAUGACACUGCCUUCUAUCUAGCUGGCACUGCCUUCUAUCUAGCAGGCACUGCUUUCUAUCUAGUUGGAACUGCCUUCUUUCAAGCUGGCACUGCUUUCUAUUUAGCUGGCACUAGCUGA